AUGCAGCCCACCACCGUCAGCAGGCGCAUCCAGUCGGUCGCCCUCACCGCCGGCGCAAUCUACAUCUGCGCCUGGGGCAUCUACUACAUUGCACAGGAGACGAUCCGCAAGACGACCCUACGCAGGCGCAAACGCAGGUACCCGCUCCUCGCACCGCUCCUCCCGCCACACGCACUCGCCGCAGGCGCACGCGUCGCACAGCGCGUCGGCGUCCUCUCCCGCGCCACCCCCUCGUCGUCGUCGUCCCACCCUUCGUCGUCGUCGUCUUCUUCGCUACGCACUUCUCGCUCGCACUCGCCCUCGCGCUCCUCGCCCCCCUCUCCCUCCUCGCCUUCCCACGCACCAUCCACACCCACCUCGUCCAAGGGAAAGGCAAGGGCCCACGACCUCCACGACCACGACCUCGACCACGUACAGCACAGGCUACAGCCCCACCUCGUCGACACCAACCCCCAGACCCGCCCAAACGGCUGGUACGGCAACGCAUCCCAACACGAGAUCGAAAAGAUCCAGAACCGCUUCGCAUCCCUAAAGAUCCUCGGCAGGUGGGCAAACGUCGUCCCCGAGUGGAGAGAGCAGGGCGCAUGGGAGUGGGUCCUCUGGAAGGGCUUCUACAGCCUCUUUUACAAGCCGCGCAUCUGGUGGGACGGCGGCCUCAAACGCGACCUCGCCAGCCCAGAAGGCCGAAAGAGGGUCGACGAGCUCCUCCCCGUGCACCAAAUCGACCACGCCAGGCUGUGGGGGCGCGUCCUCCCUGUGCCCGCCGCCAGCGCCAAUGCAUCGACUGUCGUCGUCGACAAGGGCAGGGAAAGGCACGUCGCACCAGCAUCGCUGGCGACGCCCGCCUCAUCCCCGUCGCCCUCGUCCGCCCCAGCCGCCGUCGAGGAAGGCAUCACGUUCACCUGGAUCGGCCAGAGCACCUGCCUCUUCCAGAUCCACGGCCUCACCGUCCUCACCGACCCCGUGUUCGGCGAGCAACCGCUCGAGAGCAUCUUUAGCCCCACGCGCAUGCGGCCCAUGCCCUGCACGUUCGACGAGCUGGUGCACCAGGGCCGCAUCGACGUCAUCCUCCUCACCCACAACCACUUUGACCACCUCGACGUCGACAUCCUGCCCCGUGUUCCGCCCAGCGUCCAGUGGAUCGUGCCCCUGGGCCUCACGCCACUCCUCGUCGAGCACGGCAUCCGCGCAUCGCAGAUCACCGAGCUCGACUGGUGGGCCUCGACGCGCCAGACCUUCAACAUCCCCGUCCGCCGCAGCCGCAGCCGCCGGUCGUCGACCUCGACCUCGACCUCGACCUCGCCUGCAUCGCCCUCGCCCGACGCAGACACGACGUCGACGUCGCGCCAGCUCGACGUCACCGCCGUCCCCGCCACGCACUGGUCGGCGCGCACCCCGCUCGACACCAACCGCACGCUGUGGAACUCGUACAGCGUGCGCGUAUCGCCCCCGCCGGCGCGGCCCGACGCGGCCGAGGCGCGGCUGUUCUUCUGCGGCGACACGGGCUACUCGCCCUCGCUCUUCACCGCCAUCGGACGGUGCCUGGGUCCGUUUGACGUGGCCGCCGUGCCCAUCGGGUCGUUUGAGCCGCGCUGGCACAUGGCCAUCCAGCACAUGCACGCCGUCGAGAGCGUCCAGGUGGUCAAGGACGUCGGCGCCCGCCGCGCGUUUGCCAUGCACUGGGGCACGUGGCAGAUGAGCGACGAGCGGUGGGACGACCCGCCCAGGGAGCUGGCCAGGGAGCUCGAGAAGCGCGGCGAGCCACAGGACACUCUGCGCCGCGUCGGGUUCGGAGAGACGGUCGACGUACCCGUCGGCGCCGUCGAGGCGACCUAG